UGACAACAGAGUGAGACAAUUGAAUAUAUUUCGCUCCGGACGCUACAGAGAAAUUUUGUUGCAAGUCCGCUCUUCGCUGGGAGUCAAUUUUACGCUGUAUUUUCCGGAUUUCUUCGCUUGACGUUCGCGCACCCAACUCCCAGAGUGUUACAGCAUAUUGGAGAUAAAAGAAAAAAUGGGGGAGGAUUUGCUCUCUCUAAAGUGGAAUAACCACAAACCAGCUUUCUUCCACCUGCUAAGAAUCUUACGAGAAAAGGGAUGUUAUACAGAUGUGACCUUAGCGUGUGGUACCAAAUUCUUUGCUGUUCAUCGAUUAGUUCUAAUGGCAUGUAGUGAUUUUUUCAAUGAGGUAUUUGAGCACACACAAUGCCAGAAGCCAGUUAUUGUUUUGAAAGACAUAAAAGGCCAUGAACUGGAGGCAUUGCUUGACUAUAUGUACCUAGGGGAGGUGGAUGUGCAACAGGCUGACCUACCAGGACUUAUAAAAGCUGCAGAAUGCUUGAGAAUUAAAGGUCUAGCAGUCCCCGAUGAAGACCCUUCACAAACUGGUAAACAUGAAGCACAAACAAGUGGAGAGCGGCCAGCCAAGAGGCGGAGACAAGAGCGUGACGGGAGAGAGGGAGACCGGGGGAGUGGGGGGGACAGAGGGAUACACACAUCAGCUUCAGCCAAUCUACUACCACAGUACAGUCAUCAGUUGGUAGGUGAGGUUGUUCCAGCAGAGGUGGACAAUGUAGGCAGUCCUGGUGUUGUUCCGCUUCCGGCUGAAGACCCUUCCCACCUUCCUGUUCAUGAGCAAGUUGCUUCCCAGCAGCCAGAGCUCCACCAUCUGCAGAAGGAUCAAGAAGUAACCCCCUCUUCACACCUACAUGAUGCGCGACUCCAACAGGAAGCGCAAGUCUCGCAGGAAGUGGAGGCCUACACCACCAGUGCGGCAGAAAUCAAAACUGAACACUGUGAAGUACAAGAGGAUAUAGAAAAUGGGGGAUUAAAAAGUGAAGUGUCGGAAGCGCGGAGUGACCCCAUGAAUGAGUCGCCUGGGGGAGGUGGGGACUUUUCACACUUCUUGUCAGUUGAAGAGAAUCUUGCACACCAUAUGUUCCAACAGACACACCAAGCCGGCACUUCAGGAAUACACAGACAAACAGGCAGAGACAGCGGAUCAGAAGUAACCACGGAAGAUGGAAAUUUAAACCGUGGAGGCCUAUACUCUACACACCUCUUAGGAGAUGUGGUACCUGAGGGAACAGCCAGCCAUGCCAACCAAUCGAUUAAUGUGAAACUUGAAUUUGUAACAGAAAGUGAAAUGUCCCAUCUGUGUUGGUUGGCAAAACUGACUUGA